UGACGUGAUCAGAACGCGCCAGUACCGGGCAAAUGCGAACAGCGUUUGGGUGUUUACGGUUAUAUUACACUAUUUUCUAAAGAAAAUGUCCCUAAAUUUACGUUAUUUGUAGAAACAGAAGUAAGAAGUACGUUCCUCGGUGCCGUAACCAUGGCGACCGCCACUAAAACCCCCCCAGGUGCAGAUCCCAAGCAGCUGGAGCGCACGGGAACCGUCCGAGAGAUCGGAUCACAAGCCGUGUGGUCGCUGUCCUCGUGUAAGCCAGGUUUUGGAGUCGACCAGUUGAGGGAUGAUAAUCUGGAGACCUACUGGCAGUCCGAUGGCUCUCAGCCACAUCUAGUAAACAUUCAGUUCAGGAGGAAAACCACUGUGAAAAUGCUGUGUAUUUAUGCCGAUUAUAAAUCGGAUGAGAGCUACACUCCCAGCAAGAUUUCAGUCAGAGUGGGAAACAACUUCCACAACUUGCAGGAGAUUCGGCAGCUGGAGAUGGUGGAGCCGAGUGGUUGGAUUCACAUCCCUCUGUUGGACCUAGUGAACAAUCCCAUCAGGACCUUCAUGAUCCAGAUCGCCGUGUUGGCCAACCACCAGAACGGACGGGACACGCACAUGCGGCAGAUCAAAGUCUACACGCCCGUGGAGGAGAGCUCCAUCGGCAAAUUCCCACGAUGCACCACUGUAGACUUCAUGAUGUACCGCACCAUCAGAUGACCCGAGCUUCUGCUUGAAUGGACGGACUGAGGUGCAGACUUUGCCUUCUCAUAAGACUGUUCUGGAAUUAAAUGGUUCACAUGUUUUAAAAUGUGUUUUGUAAAGAGAACAGUUCAAAGUUCAGUUUAUGUAAAUGCAAAUCUACAGAAAAUAAAUGUUUUUUUUUAAAU